CCGGUGACAAGCACUCCCACCACUACCUCCACUAGCACCACCGGCACGAUUGCGUCUGCCGGAGGCCCACCGCCGAGCCAAGCCAGUCAGGCGCGGGCCGCCAUGUCGGUGGCUCCCAAACGCCCGCGGCGGCUGGAGAAGGCCACCGACGAGACGGAAGACCCCAGCAAGGCCGGCCCAUCGGGGCGGUCCAAGGUGGUGCCUCUGGCGCCGGCUAUGCCCCCGGCGGCGGUGAACCCGGCAAACCACAGCAUUGCGGGUGGUCAGGGUGCGAGUCAGGAGUGGGAGUGGCUCACCAUGAGUCUCUAAUCUUUUCCUUCUUUUCUUUUCCCUUUUCUACCCGUUUCCAUUUUCUUUUCUUCACUUCCAUCCCUUCGCAUGUUUCUGUUGACGCACGCCACGAAACGAUAGACCCUUUGAUGACCACCGCAGGAGGAGUUCUCGCUAGACGAGCCGGAGUUUGGAUUGCCCGUGGAUCUAUUUCUCGGGGUUUCAGAGAAGCGAAGCCUUGUUCAUGAUGGGUUGGCCAACAUACACGAUUGAUGUUUUUCUUUUCUUCUUUUCACUUACACCUUGAUGUUCAUUCCAUGCGACAGCUAUUCUUACUGCACGACCCGAUCUCGAUGUCUCAGCCGUCGACAUUUUCCCUGCGGGCUUCUCGCCGCAGUCUUCAUUGUCAUCUGGCGGUCUCCUCUUUCUUUCUUUUCCCUCUUCCCACCCUUUCGGUGCGUUUCUUGAUUGCUGAUUACUGUUCGAUACAACCGCGUCUGUCCCGGUCCCGACUCUGUUUUGCUUUUGUGUGACCUUUGAGAAUCCUGCGAUUUCGGAGCUGGGUGUUUUGUUCUGUGUUUUGUUUUGGGUCAGGGAUACCGGGCAGAAGUGCGCAUGUUUGUUUCUUUUCUUAUUUCUCGAUCACUAGGCAGGAUGAAUAGACGGAUUGCUUUUCCGAGGUUUUGUUUUGAUAUAGAUUUGGGGGUGGUUGUAGGGUUGGGGAUGAGUAGUCGUAGAUCUGUUUUGAUUCUUUCGUUGGUCGUUGACUAGGAUAAUUCCCUUGGACUUUACACUAUUUGCUUUCAAGUUGAUUUUCGGAUUGUUUCCUAUCUAGAGCACUUUGAAAACUUGUGUAUAAACCUGGUAGAAUUGAGUAACAGCCGAUGCAGUGGUCUCCGAACCAGCCCUAAAUUGGAAUCACAACUAUGGCUCUACCGGGACAAGUACCUUGACAAGAUGACGAUGUGUACUAGGCAAGCAUGCGUGUUGUCUUAACCAUUCCACCCAAGGCACCAAUCGGCGCGUGGUAGGGUCUUGACAUCCAACAUACAGCUGGUC